AUGACUCUGACCAGAGGAUCUUUCACCUAUGCCAGUGGGGAAGAAUACCAUGGCGAGUGGAAAGAAGGUCGGAGGCAUGGUGUUGGCCAGCUCAAGUUUCAGGAUGGAACCUGCUACACUGGCCAGUUUGAGAAUGGACUCUUCCAUGGCUCUGGCGUGCUGCUUUUUACGGAUGGAUCCAGGUAUGAAGGAGAAUUUGCUCAUGGAAAGUUUCAAGGCACAGGAGUCUUCAGUCGAUUCGAUGGUAUGAAGUUUGAAGGGGAGUUCAAAGACGGACGUGUUGAGGGAUAUGGGCUAUUGACUUUCCCAGAUGGAACUCAUGGUGUCCCACGAAACGAGGGUUUGUUUCAAAACCACAAGCUGCAGAAGAGAGAGAAGUGUCCAGGAGUGGUGCAGCGUGCUCAGGCUUCGGCCUCCAGCGCUCACAGCCUGGCACUUUGACUGCCAUGGACCCAGGAGGAGACACAGUGAGAGUUCCAGCACCUUCCAGAAGAGUCUCAGGGACGUAUACAUGUAUACUCCCUUCCAGCUCUUCUCUCGUUGUGUCUUCUGUCACCAUCAUUUUCUUUUUCAGCAUCUUCCUCGCUCUGCAGUGGCUUGGAAUGCACAUGCAAUUCGACCAAAUAAUGGCUUUGUGGACGACUGACUUGAAAAUGCACAACACCAUGAAGCACACCUUUAACUUCACAAGUCGUGCAAACAGCAAAUGCUGCUGUUUUUUUUCUCGUUCUGAUUCUUGUGCUCAUAAACAGUGUCUUAGUGUUUUACUCUAGAACAGUUAGCCUUCAUAUGUCAAAAAACAGAAGAUGGGAGACCUCUUCUUAAAUGUCAUUGCACAUCUUGUUCAGGAAAGAGUUCAGAAGUCUACAGACUUUAGAUUUUAGCCAUUAAUUAGAUCAAUCAUCCUUAAAAUUGCUGCAAUCUCUACAACACAGUGAAACUGAAAGAUAUCGUGUAAUUUUUUGACAUUUGACAACACUAUGGAGAAAGGCUUUUAUAAAUGGGUCCCCAUUUUGUUUUCACCAUGCACAGGCAUGAGAAUGUACACGAACAUGAACAAGCAUGUUAGCAAUGUGAUGCACAUUCUUCCUGAUGGAGAGUUUUUGGUGGUAACGAACACAUAAUCACAACAAUAUGGCCACAAAGCCACCGAAGAGGACCUAAAGUUAACCACACAUGGAUGUAAACAAUGCACUAUUUAAAAUACUG